AUGAAGAAUGAAGAAUGGGGCUGUUUUCUUUCUGAUGCAGGGGUGACCUUGGGGAGCAGCUCAGCACCUUCUGUGCAGCAGGCCCGGACGAGGGACCAGGGAGGAGCGUAUGAAGUCGUCAGCGCCUCUCUUGCGAAUGGAGACCUCUGGACCCCAAAGAACAGUGUUGACUCAAAGAAUCAUCCAGAAGUGUUGAAUUUUCGAAUACAACUGGAAAACAGAGAGCUGAUCGUAAAUCUGGAAAGAAACGAAGGUCUCAUUGCUAGCGGUUUCACGGAGACUCAUUAUCUGCAGGAUGGCACUGAUGUGUCCCUCACUCGAAAUUACACGGGUCAUUGCUUCUACCACGGGCACGUGCAAGGGUAUCCUGGCUCGACGGUCAGCCUCAGCACUUGCUCUGGUCUCAGGGGACUUAUUACAUUUGGAAACAAAACCUACGUUUUAGAACCGCUGAAAAAUGUCACCAACAGAUACAAACUCUUCCCAGCGGAGACCCUGACAGGCGUCUGGGGACCAUGCGGGUCACAGGCCAGCACUUCUGGCCUCGCUGCGGAUGGCAGCCUCCCAUCACCCUCCCGGACGCGAGAGACCAGGCAUAAGAGAGAGACCCUCAAGAUGACUAAGUACGUAGAGCUGGUUAUCGUGGCAGACAACCGAGAGUUUCAGAGGCAAGGAAAAGAUCUGGAAAAAGUUAAGCAGCGAUUAAUAGAGAUCGCCAAUCACGUUGACAAGUUUUACAGGCCACUGAACAUUCGCAUAGUGUUGGUUGGCGUGGAGGUGUGGAAUGACAUCGACAAAUGCUCUGUAAGUCAAGACCCAUUCGCAACCCUCCAUGAGUUUCUGGACUGGAGAAAGAUGAAGCUUCUACCUCGCAAACCCCACGACAACGCACAGCUCAUCAGUGGGGUUUAUUUCCAAGGGACCACCAUCGGCAUGGCGCCCAUCAUGAGCAUGUGCACGGCGGAGCAAUCCGGAGGGGUCGUCAUGGACCAUUCAGACAGCCCCCUUGGUGCGGCCGUGACCCUGGCGCAUGAGCUGGGCCACAACUUCGGGAUGAACCACGACACGCUGGAGAGGGGCUGUCGCUGCACCAUGGCUGCCGACAAAGGAGGCUGCAUCAUGAACCCUUCGACCGGGUACCCCUUCCCCAUGCUGUUCAGCAGCUGCAGCAGGAAGGACCUGGAGGCCAGCCUGGAGAAGGGCGUGGGCGUGUGCCUCUUCAACCUGCCGGAAGUCAGGCAGUCUUCCGGGGGCCGGAAGUGUGGGAACGGGUACGUCGAGGAAGGAGAGCAGUGUGACUGUGGGGAGCCGGAGGAAUGUACGAGUCUCUGCUGCAAUGCCACCACGUGUACCCUGAAGCCAGAUGCUGUAUGCGCACACGGACUAUGCUGUGAAGACUGCCAGCUGAAACCAGCGGGAACGGCGUGCAGGGACCCCAGCAACUCCUGCGACCUCCCGGAGUUCUGCUCGGGCUCCAGCCCCCACUGCCCGGCCAACGUGUACCUGCACGACGGGCACCCGUGCCAGGGCCUAGAUGGCUACUGCUACAACGGCGUCUGUCAGACCCACGAGCAGCAAUGCGUCACGCUCUGGGGACCAGGCGCUAAGCCCGCUCCUGGGAUCUGCUUUGAGAGAGUCAACUCUGCAGGUGACCCUUACGGCAACUGUGGCAAAAGCUCCAAGGGUUCCUUUGCCAAAUGCGAGCUGAGAGACGCUAAAUGUGGGAAAAUCCAGUGUCAAGGAGGUGCCAGCCGGCCGGUCAUCGGUACCAAUGCCGUUUCCAUAGAAACGAACAUCCCGCUGCAGGAAGGAGGUCGGAUUCUGUGCCGCGGGACCCACGUGUACUUGGGCGAUGACAUGCCGGACCCGGGGCUCGUGCUGGCCGGCACGAAGUGCGCGGAUGGAAAAAUCUGCCUCAAUCGUCGGUGUCAAAAUAUUAGUGUCUUCGGUGUCCACGAAUGUGCAAAGCAGUGCCAUGGCAGAGGGGUAUGCAACAACAGGAGGAACUGCCAUUGCGAGGCCCACUGGGCGCCCCCUCUCUGCGACAAGUCUGGUUUCGGAGGGAGCACGGACAGCGGCCCCAUCCGGCGAGCAGAUAACCAAGGUGUAACCAUAGGGCUCCUGGUGACCGUCCUGUGUCUUCUCGCUGCUGGAUUUGUGGUGUAUCUCAAAAGGAAGACGUUGAUACCACUGCUGUUCACAGAUAAAAAAUCGGCCAUUGAAAAGCUCAGGUGUGUGCGCCCUCCCCGGCCGUCCAGCGGCUCGCAUCCGGGUCAAGCUCACCUCACCCACCUGGGCAAAGGCCUGUUGAGGAAGCCCCCGCACUCCAGUGCACCCAGGGACAAUCCCAAGAGACCGCUGCAGUGUCUGAAUGUUGACAUCAGCAGGCCCCUCAAAGCCCUCGACUUCCCUCAGCCCCAUCCGCCCCCGCGAGUCCUCCCGCCCCUCCACCAGGCUCCCCGCGCACCCGGCGUCCCCGCCAGACCCCUGCCAGCCAACCCUGCUCCCAGGCAGGCCCAGGGAACUCGUAAGCCAGACCCUCCUCAGAAGCCUCUGCCUGCCAACCCUCUGAGCAAGACGACCCGCCUCGCCAGUGCCUUGGCCAGGACCCCAGAACAGCAGGCGUCUGGGCUCCGCCUGGUGCCUCUCAGAGCCGCCCCCGAAUGUCCGCGCCCAGGGCCCAGGGCCACCCACGUCGCCUACGCUAAGUGAGAAGAAAGCCGACGCUUUUCAGCAGUGAAGACAGAAGUUUGCACUAUCUUUCAACUCCAGGUGGAGUUAGUUAUUUUUUGUACCAACUCCUAGAAUUUUUCUAAUGUUUAAAACACCAUUAUUUUAAGAACUCUGAGCUGCUGCCGUCGGUGCUGUGCUGUGCUAUGGUGCUCUGUGUACUCGCUCAGGUACUUGUAAAUUAUUAAUUUAUGCAGAACGCUUGUUACGGUGCAGUGCGCUGUGUGGGUGUUUUACCAUCACUGAGUUUCCCAUGGAAGGAAGGCUUCUUGUGCUUCUGAUAGCUUAGUGAACUUGAAAUAGCAUACUAUGUGGGAUUCUGGACAGGAUGUUUACUUUUCGAUCGAGGCUUUAUUGGAGAGAAGGCCCCCAACUACCUAGGGCUGUGGUUACGGUACCAGACACAGCUCAAGAGACCCCAGGGAGAACCUUGACUUAUUUUCCGGGACCCCUCAUCUCAGGCCAGGAGCCUCUGGUCCAGACUGUGCUUGGCCUUCAGGGGGACCCUGGGCCCUGUCACAGCGGACAGGCUGGCCCACCAGGGGCUACACCGUGAAGCUCCAGGAUAGCAGAGAAGGGUCUGGCUUCCGGUUGGGAAGCUUGGGAGAGAACCUGCGUUUCAGAAAAGAGUUGUAAGGCGUGGCUACACCAGGAUAGAGACUGCAACACGAGGCUGGGCAGCAACUUCACCUUGAGCUUGCCAGCCUUGAGCGUAUUUGGAGAGCAGGCGAAAAAAGCCUGCCUUAUAGAAACACCAAGGACCUCUUUUCCCGGCUGCCCUUUACAGAGUGCUGGCAUCGGCACCUCGUUUUCAUUAGGAAGGGUGCUGAUUCCACAAGCGCAUUACUGCCCAGGCGCUGCAAACCUGCCCGGGCUGUUUGGGGCUAAGCAAAUCACCACCUCAUCUUCUCCGCUUUAAUGCAAUGAUCCUGUGUGCAGACAGAGAGAUGAGGCUUUCCAUGGGACCAUAACCAUUUUCAGAUGUUUACCAGUAACCAGAUCUAGAGAAUCAAUUCUGUAGAUAAAAAUCUCCCUUUAUCGCAAGAUUCAACUUAUUAUCAAUUAGCGGAAUCCCUAUGCUUGCAAAAGCUGCCACCAAACGGAAUGCUCUCUUCCCUGGUACCAGCUACGUCUGCUGUCCUUAUUGGUUAGUGCACAUUGGACAAAGAGCCAUAAGUGUAGCUAGUAAGUUCUUUUGGGGCAUCCCAUUUUCCCAGCUUGGCUGCAGGAAUUUUUAAAAGGUGUUUUUAGCAUAAAGUUCGAAUCUGUUACACACUUGCAACCUACCUGUUGGGCGUCGCAGACUGUGAUAAUCAAUUUACUGAUCCUAAAUGUUCACGAAAUGCCGUCUGAAGCAUGGGCUCCUUCAAAUGUCUGACUGGAGAGCCAUUUUCACAAGCAGGUCUUAAAGACACUUAUCUCUAAUGGCAUGAAAAGGACAAAACACAAGAGCAAUGCCAUUAUGUCUCUGUCUUCUGAUGGGGUCACGUGUGACUAGUUUUUACAUUAGAAGGCAAUUGCCAGCAGUUCCAUAAUUCACUCUGUUUUAUGACAAAGAUUUCGUCUGGGUUCACAUCGAUGGUUUUUCUAUGCCUUGAAGCAGAGAGACAAAGCGUACCAAGAAGAACCUUGGUUUGCUGUCCAGAAAACAAGACUGCAUUUAACUGUCCCUGUGUUCCCCACCACACCCAGGCAACAGCCUUCAGGGUCAUGGAUAAACUAAGCCAGCCCACCUCACAAACACACACGAAAGGGGAUCCAGCUCUAAUACAUUCCAACUCGUAUAGCAUGCAUCUGUUUAUUAUGCAGUUAUUAACUCUUUAAAAGCGCAAAGCCACGUCAGAGAAUGUCACUGUCUGUGAGCAUGUACAGAAUGACUGUGAUCACUGUCACACAUGGUAAUUGUAUUAAGGCCAAAACAUAUACUGUUGAAAAGUUUACAGAAUUUUUAUGGUGCAUUGUGUGGGUACUGUCUUUGCAGAUGCCCAAAUCCUUAGACCUGGCAUUUUAGCCCCUUCCUUCCCAUUGCGGGGAAGAGGAUGUGAACUCUUUUCUCGUCUGUCCUUAGCUAGAAUUCCUGUGCUUCUAUUUCAGAGAACCAGGAAUAGUUGGAUAUUAAAGGAGGUUAAUGCUGUGAUCUCACACCAUGUCAUCGAUGGCCACUUAAAGGCUGCAGCUGAUGACACAUUCCUAUCUCUACAGUACUAAUUGCUUUCAUAGAGCCAUGCAAUGUAUUUCUGGGUAAGAACAUAUUUAAUACUAAUAUCCCCUUGAAAUACACAGACCAUAUUAAAGGAACAAGAUGCAGUAUUUAUCAAAUGAAGUAUAUUUAGCAAUAACUUUCAUAUUCACAUAACUUAAGAGAGGAACCAAUAGCCAGGUUUUUGGGGGGAGAGAUUCCUCUUUUUAUAUUCUCACAGAUGAUGGAAACAAAAAUCAAUACUCAUAUUUCAAUGGCAGCCUAUUUUUAAUAUUGUUUAAAAUUGUAUAGGCCUGAAUAAUAGAGUUGAAUUGAGUUUAUAUGGCCGUCACUGAGAAAGCCAAUGUGUUUAGACACAAAGUAGGCCCUGAACGUCAUCACUUCUUUGUCUUAUUAGAGUUGUAGGUUUUAUGACCCCACUUUACUGGGAUGUAUAUGGCUAAUCUUCCAGGCAUUCUAUUUAAAACUAUCUCCUGAAAUUUUUUGUAACAGUUUGUUUUCCUGACACAUGGAAUCAGAUGUGUAGCAACGAAGAGAAACAAUGCAUAACAUUUUCCAUUGUCAAAAUAUGCACACAGAGAUUACACUUCCCAGUGUGAAUUUUUCCAACUUACACACAUGUGGGGUGACAUCACAGAAACCACAAAAGCAACAAAUUACACUACAUGAGAAUAAAAACUCCUGACUAGUCUCCGAGGGGACAUUUUCAUGCCUUCUUAACUUUAUGAGGAAUUCUCAGGCUGAAACCAGAGGCCAUUGUUCUCUGGCACACCAAUAAGCACAUCCGUGUAACCCCAGAAAGAAAACAGCUAAAACUCCGACCUGUGUCAGACUGUUCCCAGAGCCUAUGAUCUUCCCUGGUGGUAGAGAGCCCGGUGCCGGGCCAGCUGGGAUGCCCGAGCCCCUGCCUGCCAUCUCUCGAUCACGUUUACUGAGCGCUCUGAGCCAAUGAGACCUGAACACUGAACGGGCAUGGUGCCUGGGCAGCUGGGCGCGAUGGUUGUCCGCGACCUCGCCCCUUUGCAGUCUUUCCUCGUGAGGCUAUUGCAUUUCAAACUUUUGCUGUGGAGGGCUCCCCUGGGUGUUCUAGGAGCAGGAAGCCCAGGGCGGACUUGGCCUAGAGACCCUUCCCCACUGCUAUCAAAACGACCCCAGGCAAACUCAAGUGACCCAGACAACAGUACCCCAACCCUGCCUAGAAGUUUCCCAAUGCCAAGGCUGCCCCCAGGUGUGACUCUCAGGCUAUGGCUUUCGCACACUGUGGCUGGCUAGUGGGGGACAUUGCAGGUACCAUCUUUUCUGCUCCCCAACAUAGAGGCCGGCCCUAGGCUGCCACCGUUAUUCAUCACGACUCUUGCGCAGGCCCGCACAUCCAUCUGGUCACAGGAAGCCAAAGCUAAUGCAUCUAUUUGCCUGUCUAGCAGCCAGACACAAGCGCCUUUCCCAAGCCUAUGCCAGUGCCUCUCCAAUCCGACAGAUCUGCGCGUUCAUAGCACCUUCAGGUCAGCCAGAGUGGUGAUGCCGUAGCGUGUGGCUGCCCCCACAAGUCCACCUGCUGGAUGCCUGGAGCCCAGCCCUUCUCCAGAGCGAUCCCACCAGCCCUGCAUUGAGCAGAGUCCCUCCCACUGGCACGUCACCCCACAGAAGGGGGAGCCAGCCAUAGAAAAUUAGUAUCUCUCUGAUUGCAAAAUGCUCCUGCCUCGCCCUACCGUUCCCAUUGGCAUCUGUUUCUUUUAAGCCUAGUGGAAAACUCAGAGCGAUACAAGUAACACGCUGUAACAGACUUGCGAGCCCCAGGCCAAGGGCCACUUCUGUGCAGUGAGGGUGCUCCCAGAAGCCAUGGGCCUACACCCGAAUGAGCUGCUUCCUGCCUUUCAUGAAGAAGAUCCCUUCUUUACUUUGGGGACAGCAAUGGCAGCUUACGGUCCAGCCAUUAAGAGCCUGUUUCCUCUGAGAAACACUAGAAGAAACAGUACAUGUAAAAUUGUUGUGAUAGUCAAUGGCGGAUAGUGAGGACCAGAAAACUUGACACACAGGUAAAGAAACUCUCAGCGCGAUUCGGCCCCUCCAGGCUAAACAUUCUCUAACCACCCGAUCUUUCAUGUCCUCCAUCCUCCCACGAUUCUCCUUCCAUAAAAUAACCUUCAGUCUUCAGCGUAGCACAUUUUAAAUCCAGACAAAAAGAAUAAAUGUCACGUGGUCAUUUCAGUCCUACAAAGAAGCGGAGUGACGUGUUUGUGGCCUGUAAACAGGUACUUAGGCCGGGCAGUGCUAGAAAAAAUAUUGCAAAUUAGAAAGACAGGAAAUCCUCCAAGCGUCCAUGGCGGGACAAGCAGUGGCAGAGCCAAUGUUCUCUUACACCUUCCGUCAGGUCAGGUCAAACUCGGGGGGGCGCUGUGGGGAAGGCCCACUGUUUGCGUGUGGCAACGCGACGUGACAUAACUUUAGAACUUGGCUGCGGGCUACUCGGCACAGUACAAAGUUAGAGCUUCUAAACCAGCACAUUCAUUUCACAGUGCUUCGUCCACUCGCGCUGCUUCGGUUUGCUCAUUUUUGUUCCACAUGCCUUUUUAUUUACAGUCCCUCACUUUUGUACACGUUUCUCGUCCUGGGGUUCUCCGGGUAGCACAACCUGCUACUUCCAUAGAAAAAGUCAUUGUUAAGAAUAUUAUAUCGAAUAAAUGGUAUACAGGUAACUCUA